AUGGCGCGAGGAAUGAAAAACAAAGAGGCAUCAAAGGAAAAGGCACCCAAAGAGAAAUCUAAAGGCGACAAAUCAAAGAAAGAUAAGAAGGGGAAAAAUAAAGGCGAAUCACAAUUGGAGGAGAAGAGGAAGCAACCAGUGGCUAGAAAGGCUACAAACUUGAGUAUGAAUGUCUGUGGUCAUCCAAAUGCCAUUGAGAUGUUUAAACAAAAGGCAAGCUUGAUGUCUGAAAAUGAGUUGGAUGUAGCUGUGGAUGAAUAUCAGGUGAAUUUUAAUGUCAACCCCGGAAAUGACAGUGAUGGCACGCUCUACAGUGGUGAUGCUGACUUCUAUCUUUGUGUCUACGACGUUCGGGAUCCAAAAACUGUCCAAUUUUUACAAAAAAAUAUUUUGCCAAAUGUGAGGGCCUUGAAUAAGGUGAUGGCGGUGGCUGGUCUAGGGCUUGAGUAUAGAAGUCGCGGAGGUCAAGAUGGCGUCAGUAUUGAUACAGCCGGCCUACUUACCAGGCAGUUUAGAUGCAAGGGGACUGAGCUCAUCUACUGCGAUGGAAAACAGUUGGCAGCAGGAGCGUUUUCUCUCUACGCUGCUGCAAAUCCAACAAUGUUCACCAAACCCACUGAAAAGGCAGAGGAGGUGAAAGAAGACGAUGGCAAGAAGACGAAAAAGGAGAAGAAGGGCAAAGCAAAGAAGGAGAAACCCAAAAAGGAGAAGAAGAAAUAA